AUGAGUGUAACGGGAUCUGUGUAUGAGCAUACAUGUGAGUUUUUAGACAAAUAUGUCGAUGAAUGGUUUUCUAGAGAUCUAGAUCAACCUUUGGUCGUAUUCAUAUCUGGACCUCAAGGUUCAGGAAAGAGUUAUAAUGGUCAAAAAAUAUUCACACAUUUACGGGACAGGUACAUUGGUAAGAAUGUCGCAUAUUCAUCAAUCGAUGAUUUCUAUUUGACUCAUGAGGAUCAGCAAGCCUUAGCAUUGCAGUACAAAGAAAACAAGUUAUUACAAGGACGUGGUUUACCUGGUACUCAUGAUCUCACUCUAUUGAAUGAUUGUCUUGGUGAAGUGUUAGGGCCUAGGAAAGAAGGAACGAUGAAUUUACCUCAAUAUGACAAAUCUUUGUUUUCUGGUGAAGGUGGUCGUAGUGGCAAAAGUAGUGUCUCUGUGAAAUUACCUGUGGAUAUAUUUAUCUUGGAAGGUUGGUUCUUGGGGUUUGAGCCUCAUUUACAGACUGUAGAGAAAGAUCUAAUCGAUGGAGAUAUGGCUGAUGUCAAUGCCAAGUUGUUCAUGUAUAGUGAUUUAUUAUGGAACAACCCCGAAGUACAUUCAUUAGGAGUUAUCCUUGCAACUGAUGAUAUUCAAAAUGUGUAUGAAUGGCGUACUCAACAGGAACAUGAGACCAUUCAUUUGAAGGGCAAUGGGAUGAGUGAUAACGACGUCAGGAGAUUUGUGGACCGGUAUAUGCCUUGUUAUGAGUUGUAUUAUGAGGAUUUUGUACGUGGAGAAAAUCUAGGUUCUGUAGCUACGUUGACCAUUGGGAUCGACAAGAAGAGACAAGUAUUUUCUGUCAAGACCAGGGCCAUCGAAUAA